UGCUCUGCGCACGCGCAAUGCCACGAUGCGGGUGGUGGUGGGUGGUGGGACAGGCUUCGUGGGCAGAGCCCUGACCCAGCUGCUGCAGAGCCGAGGGCACCAAGUGACCCAUGUGUCGCGACGAGGGGGCAAGGAUCGGAUCAGCUGGGAAGAGCUGUCCCGCUCUGGGCUGCCCCUGUGCGAUGCUGUGGUCAACUUGGCUGGUGAAAAUGUCCUCAACCCUUUCCGCAGAUGGAGUGAUGCCUUCUGCAGGGAGGUCAUCAGCAGCCGGGUGGAGACCACGAAGACUUUGGCCAGAGCCAUUGCUGCUGCUGAGCAGCCCCCCCGUGCCUGGGUCCUCGUCACUGGCGUAGGUUAUUACCGCCCCAGCCCCACAGCUGAGUACACUGAGGACAGUCCAGGAGGGGAUUUUGACUUCUUCUCUCGCCUGGUGAGCUCCUGGGAGGCUGCAGCUGUCAUCCCUGGGAGCCCAGCUCGUGGUGUUGUGGUCAGAUCAGGUGUGGUGCUGGGUCGAGACGGUGGUGCAAUCUCUCAGAUGCUCUUGCCUUUCCGUCUGGGACUUGGAGGCCCCAUGGGCUCCGGUCUCCAGCCCUUCCCGUGGAUCCACAUCCAGGACCUGUCUGGGAUUUUGUGUCAUGCCCUGGAGAAAGAUUCUGUGCGAGGCAUCCUCAACGGUGUGGCGCCAUCCUCCGCUGGCACGUGCAAUGGCUCCUUUGCGCGGGAGCUGGGGGCGGCGCUGGGCCGGCCGGCGCUGCUGCCGGUGCCCGCCUGGGCCGUGCGCGCCGCCUUCGGGCCGGAGCGGGCGCUGCUGCUGCUGGAGGGACAGCGGGUGCUGCCGCAGCGCACCCUGCAGAGCGGCUACCGCUUCCUCUUCCCGGAGCUGCCUGCAGCGCUGAGGAACAUCGUGGCUUAAGGGCUGCCAGGUGGGCUGGGCUGAGCUCUGUUUGUGUGAGCACAUGCCUUCCCAUCAGAGAGGAGAGUUCUGCCCCUUGUCACUUCCUCAUCCCCAAACAGAAAGGGUGAGCAAUCCUUUCCUCCUGUGUGUGCUUGUGUGCGUCCCCAGUUUAGGAAUCAUCCCUCUUACUGCCAUCUGAAUCCCAACAUUACCUGCAUUGGGAAAGGGCACAAGCCUCUCAAAGGACUGUCUGUAGAAUUGCCCAUCUUCCCUUUUCCACGGUCUGUGUGAACUGCUGCAAAGCACCUGGAGGUGUAAUGUCUUCUCCCUGAGAGAUGAGGCAGCAGGAAACAGGUCCUAAUGCUGUUGUGAUUCUUUGUUAAGUCACCCUUCCUGUUUUCCCCCAUGAUUACAGGCAAAGCAGAAGAGCAUGAGUCUCUCUCUUGGUCUUGGUCUUGGUCUUGGUGGUUGUGGAAGAAGAUCCACCUUGGGGUGCUGAAUACAGAUUGCUUGGAGGCUCUGCCCUCUCUUGUGGCUGGUACCAAGCUGAUGUGUCAGUACCUUCGGCUGAGACUAGUCCGAAGAGUUACACCUUCCAGGGUUCCAUACUCCUAGUGCUGUGGCAGGGAUGAAGGAGAACACUGCUUUUCCAGCCUGUAGGGCAAAGACUGACAAUCAGAAUGGCCCCUGGACUGCUUUGCCUUGGCUAAGCGCCCAUUACAUCUAAGCUUGAGCUCAGGAAAGCUGGGUGCUGCAUCAUUGUGUGAGGCAGUGCAAGUCACAGCUUUAAUCUCAAGGAGCAUUUCAGCUAUUGCCUUCAUUGUGCUUAUCUCAGACCAGAGUAGUUUUCUUUUACUGAUCCCAUGGGGUGGUGCUUGUGUUCAGGGUGUUCCUCCUGCCUGGGCAGUGAGAAUAUCCAAACUGCCUGGUCUGCUUUGGGAAGCAGUGCCUAUUCCCUUGUAAAGCAGAUUGCAAUUUCAUCAUCUCACAGUGGCAGGAAAUGUAUCCACGUGCUUUCCUUGACUCACUUCCAUAUCCUGAAGUGAGUUGCAGGGUGUGAAGUCCACAGAGCAGUGACAUUUAUUAUAGCAGUACUUCUGGAGAAAUAUUCCUAGUGUGAUGCAAGUUGAGGCUAGAAAAUUCUAUUAAAAGGCACUUCAGGUAGAUAAAGACUACUCUUUACCAUCCAGAAAAACAGCAGUCCAUGUAAUUUUGGUUUAUGCCAUGCUGUAGUCAGAGUAGCUGAAGGAUCACUCUCCUGACUCUUUGCUCAGUACAUACUGGAGACAGAAUGGCAAUCUGCUGGAUUUCCAGGCAGGAAAAUGAGAGUGGGACUGCAGAUGGAACUGGAGAUAGUCCUUGCAGUUAGUGUAAGCACAGCCAGGUGAAAUGGGGCUUUGGGAAUAGUAAUGAAAGCAGCAUGGUUUAAGAUAGGCGUGGGUGGCUUGGGCUCUGUCUUUCCUGCCUGUAAGUCAGGUGCAUCUUCCUUCCUCUUCCCAGGAGCUUCAGUUUCCUGGCUGUGACAGCAGGCUGACCUACUCUGAAAUGCAGACCCAGUUCCUUGUGGGCCAGUACAGUGGGGACAAUCAGCAGUGCUGCUUUAGUUACUUCAGCUGAGUUUUUAGAGCCUCAGGCUUUAGAGCUUCCCCAGAUGUUGUGGUCUGCAGCAUCCUUCUGUCAUCUGUUGUUGCUGUACCUGUAUAAACCUUGAUGAUUGAUGGCUUUAGGUGUGAUUGGAAAUGAGAACAAGUAUGGCUGGAGAAGAACUGCCACCUUCAGCUCUUCUGAAAGAGCUGUUUGUAUCCCACAGAGGACGGCCACUAAGCUCCCAGGCCUUGGACUCACUGCCUGGAUGUGUAACUCAGGAUGUUUGAAAAGUUGUCUCUGCAUGGUAUUUGGCUUAAAUACAUCACAGGUUUAAAUGA